UUGGUUUUAAGAUGGCCGGGUGCUACUUGCAGCACAGCCCGUAAAAGAAUGGAUUCACUACGAAAACUGGUGGGAUAUCACAUCUCUAGACCUUUUUCUUUCGGACUGUGUUUGCAUGGAUAACAGAGCAUGAAUAGGGGAUUAGAAAUCAGAAUUACUCGCAUCAUUUGCCGAAUACCACACUACCAUUAAUGUGGCUAUCCCGUUCAAAUAUAUCGGUGUGAACUGGACUAUAAGCCUGUGCUAAAAAAAGUCAAAGGGAUAUAGUCUGCAUGCAAAUAUCCAGUGUGUGUGACCUUUCAUCCAAGUUGUCAAAAUUUCUGUGUCAGUGGUGUGUUAAGUUACUCGUCGUUUUUGUUGUGUUCGGUUUUCUUUCAAAAUUUCCGUGUUAUAAGUGCAACGUAACCAAAAUGUGGCCGGGGAUAUACAACCAGACCUACGAUGGAGGAUUUUUGGACCACUACGGCAUCUUCACACAGGCGCCGGUCGGAGUAAUCAGUUUUUCAUUAAAUUAUGGUGAGACAAAAGUAUUUUUUGUAUAAGGUUGAGGCUGGGAAAGCAGGCAGUGAAGGGAUAUCUUUUCACAGACUACCCGCAAAUGAAAAGCAGAGAGAGAAAUGGAUAUCUUUCUUGGAACUUACCGAGCUAGAACCUCAAUCCCACAAAGUGGUUAUAAUAUGCUCAGAGCAUUUUUUUCCACAAGAUUUCAUUACUGAUGCUAGUGGAAGAACUUGGCUAAAACCUGGUGCUGUUCCAAAACCCAUUUGGCCAGUUGUUUCCUCUCAAUGGAAGAUGUUUGUGGGAGACUUGACCAGUAGCGACUUUUCAACACCUGAGAAGAGAAAACGGAAUUUUCGUCUCAUGAAAGACACUAUUUUGAGACAGAGGAAGUUACUGCAAAACAAACAACGUUUGAUCCGAUAUUUCAAAAAUAGUAUCCAAACACAGAAGCAAUUCCUUGAUAUGCUAAAUCAAAGGUUUAAUAUGAAUGCUUCAACUGAAAGUGAACUCAAGUUAAGGGAAAAACAAACAAAAACCACAAUAGGACAGUUAAGUAACAACAAAAGAACCUGAAACUUCCUGAAAGAGGAAAAAUACAAAUAAAUUGACCUAGCCUAGAACCAGUCACGAAACAAUAUGACAGUUCACCAUAUAGAAACAAUGGGUGAUAUCCAAUUUAUUUAUAUUUUCCCGUGUGUUUAAGGUUUUUCUUUCUUGCUUAACUGUUUAUGGUGCUUAAAACACUGGAAUAAUUCGAGUCACCUCAAUUUUUAAGUUAUUUAAUAUAUAUAAUUUAAUGUCAGAAGUGGACAUC